GCGGAGUGACCCACGCCGGGGAAAAUGGCGGUGCUCCAAAGAAAGAAAGACGGUGCUCCUAAUGCCAAGUUUUUUGAAGCCGUAGAGACUAUCGCACAAUUUGAUAGUGCAAGAACAUGGUUGCACAAGAACUGCAAAAGGUACACACAGGCUGAUCCCCCCACCAACAAAGGCCUGUCAAGUCUCGUCAUUCAGCUAUUGCAGUUUCAAGAAGAUGCCUUUGGAAAAUCCCAAACAAACCCAGCACUUACAAAGUUGCCUAUGAAGUGUUUCCUCGACUUCAAGGCAGGAGGUGGACUUUGUCAGAUUUUUGCUGCUGUCUUCAAAUUCAAAAGCGACCAAGGAUGGAGACGAUUCGACUUCCAGUCUCCAUCCCGAAUGGACAGGAACGUGGAGAUGUUUAUGCAGAUCGAGAAGGCUCUCGUCUCCAGCAAAUGCUUGCCACCCCCCUCCAUCUUCAUCCGCCCUGACGUUGACAAGAUCCUCAUCCCCAAACUCAAGGACAUCAUCAAGAGACACCAGGGAACGAUGUGUGAUAAUGCUGACGACGCCACACACAUUGUACACACGCUGCCAUCCCAUCCUCCACCUAAUGAUGAAUAUUUCCGACCGGUGCUGAAGAGGGAUCGUCAUUGCUUGGUACAUUGGUGGUACUACCCUGACAGCUAUGAUACCUGGGUGACCGAUACCAACAUUGACUACGAGCCAGACUCGCCAUACUCUCACCAGGGUGCCUUCGAGGUGAGUGCAAGAUGGCUGCUGGACUUGGAGGAAUUCAAUGAAUGGAUGAAUGAAGAGGACUAUUUGGUUGAAGAUGAAUUCAAUGCUGAUGGCAGUAAUAAGAAGUACAAGAAAUCAAACAGAUUGAAGUUGACAGUCGAAGAUUUGAACAACCCUGACCCUGACCGAAGAGAUAAGAAAGACAAAAAAGGAAAGAGGAAACGAUCACCAUCACCUGUGCCAGAGAAGAAGAAGAGGAAGAGUGGACGGACACCAGGCCUCAGUUCAACUAAGAAGAGGUCAGCUCGAGAUGAAGAGGAGGAAGAUUUGACCAAAGACAUGGAGGAACCUACACCAGAACCCAACAUCCAGGAGGUUGCCAUUGCCAAACAAGCUACUGGAUCGCGGAGUCAGAAGGACAGUGAACUGCAGCCUAUCAAGGGAGGGACACUGAUGGACAUAGAAGAGGACCAGGGGGACAAGGUUGAGCCGGAGCGGGCGGAGACCGGAUCCACGACAGACGAGGGGUCUAAGAAGGACAAGGAGGACCAGGAAGACAACCUGACGGAACAGACUCACCACAUCGUCAUUCCCAGCUACUCAGCCUGGUUCGACUACAACAGCAUCCACGCCAUCGAGCGGCGAGCGCUGCCUGAAUUCUUCAAUGGAAAGAACAAAUCAAAAACUCCAGAAAUCUACAUGGCAUAUCGUAACUUCAUGAUUGACACAUAUCGCCUCAACCCGACGGAAUAUGUGAUCAGCACAGCCUGCAGGACCAGCACUGCCAAUAAUGAGCAGGAGGAACUCUGGCUGAAAAUGCAGAAUGUCAUGACAGCUGCAAUAAUGAGAGUUCAUGCCUUCCUGGAACAGUGGGGUCUAGUCAACUACCAGGUGGAUACGGACACUCGCCCCACCCCCAUGGGACCCCCACCCACGUCUCACUUCCACAUCCUGGCAGACACCCCCUCUGGUCUGCAGCCCAUCAACCCACCCAAGACCAAUCAGCCACCAGCAGCCCAGCAGAUCAUGGACUUCAGUGAGAAGACCGAGGACAAGGAAGAUGACAAGAGAGAUAUGAGCAAGUUUGGUCUCCGAAUGGACAUCUAUGCUAAGAAAGCCCUGAAGGACAAGAGUGCUGCAUCGCGGAUGCGUGAGUGGACAGACCAGGAGACGCUGCUGUUACUGGAGGCGCUGGAGAUGUACAAGGACGACUGGAACAAGGUGUGUGAGCACGUCGGCAGCCGUACCCAGGACGAGUGCAUCCUUCACUUCCUGCGUCUUCCCAUCGAGGACCCCUACUUGGAGGAAGAUUACCAGCAGCUGGGACCACUGACAUACCAGCCCAUUCCAUUCUCCCAGAGUGGGAAUCCCAUCAUGUCUACCGUGGCUUUCCUUGCUUCCAUCGUAGACCCCAGAGUUGCAAGUGCAGCUGCCAAGUCAGCCUUAGAGGAGUUCUCUAAGAUGAAGGAUGAGGUCCCACCAACGCUGAUCGAUGCCCAGUCUAAGAUGAUCGAGGAGGCAACAAAAGAAGGCAAGGCAGUUGAUGCCUCCUUCUGUCUGGAGAAAAGUGGAAUUGCAGGAACUGCCCCUGAGAAAGAAGAAGGUGGUAUCAAGGAGCCUGCAGAGCCCCUGAAUGGGGAAGAAGCCAAACCUGCUGAACCUGAGGAGACAAAGAAGGAAAUAAAAGAAGAAAAGAAGGAUGAGUCUAGUGAGGAGGCAAUGGAGACAGACAGCACUGACGUGGUGACGAAGAAGGAGAAAGAGGAUAAGGAAGAGACUGAAGAAAAGAAGGACAAGGAGGAGAAAGAAAAAGAGGAGUCGAAGCCAGAAGAUGAGAGUGAGAAGCCUGAAGACAAGGAAGCUACUGAUAAGAAGGAAGGAGAGAAGGAGGAAGAAGGGAAGGAAUUAGAGAAGGUUGAUAAAGUCAAGGAUGGCAAGGAUGGCAACAUCGCCACAGCUGCCGCCUCUGCUCUUGCAGCAGCUGCCGUCAAGGCAAAGCACCUGGCUGCUGUGGAGGAGAGGAAGAUCAAGAGCCUGGUGGCGCUGCUGGUUGAGACACAGAUGAAGAAGCUGGAGAUCAAACUGAGACACUUUGAGGAACUUGAGACAAUCAUGGACAGGGAGAGAGAAGCGCUGGAGUACCAGAGACAGCAGCUCCUGCAGGAGAGGCAGCAGUUCCACAUGGAGCAGAUCAGGGCAGCGGAGUACAGGGCCAGGCAGAUUGCCAUGCAGCAGCUGGCGUCGGAACAGAGACAGCAGCAGGCCCAGCAGCAGGGAGGGGAUGCCGGUGCUGGUUCCUCCGGUGGAGCUAAUGCCGCAGUGCAGAACCCCACUCUGGCAGCUGCUGUGGGUCAGGGUAACUACCCCAUGCAUGGGUCACCUAUGCCUCCCCAGGGCCCACAGGUACAACAGGCUCAUCAGGUGUCCUCGGGCUCGCCUGCUCCUCCCCAGUCCUCCUCCCAGCCUGCUACGCCUCAACAGUUAACCCCGACACCCCCACAGACUCAAUCACCCCACCCCCAGGGACCUCAAGCUUCGGCAGCAGCCAGUGCAUCAACCCCCGAGUCAGCCCCCCGGACAGUCCCCCUACCAGCAGAUGACGGGGCCAGCUCAGCAGCAACCCUACUCCACCCCUUCUCCCGCUCCACAGCAGUUCUCCACUCAGUCACCAGGACCCCAGGGACAGCCCCAGCAGAGCUACCCCCAGCCCGGCCCCCAGGGCCCACCACCUCAACCCUACCAGCAGCCCAACCCCGGUCAGAUGGCGCCUUACCACCAAGGACAGCAACAGCCUCCGCCACAACAACAGCAACAACAACCAGGGUCCUUCCAGCCACACUUGCAAGAAAGCGGGUCGGAACAACAACCUCAGGUGCCACCACCCUCCAAAUGAUGAAUCUCAGCAUCCGUCAAAUCUUUUCAUCUGAAUAUGUACACUUCAGUGUUUCUGCAUCAAACUUGAUACAUUUCCAUGUCACUUCAGUAGACCACUACAAGUUGUUCUGUAUUUUUCUCUGGUUGUAUUCGCAAAAGUUAGAAUACAGAGUAUAAUGUUUUAAUUCUGGUACAUGUCUAUAAAUUAAAUCAAAAGGUAUUUUUAAGCUUAGAAAGACAGUAACUAUUUAUCCAUGAUAAAUAUUUUGUCUUGUCAUGCAAUGAAAUAUUUGUGAACAUGUGUGACUCGUCCUCUAGGUCAGUAUGCCCAAUGCAGUAUUUACACACAAAAAUUAUGAUAUCUUAACAGGAUUGACUUUGGUAAUUUCUUAAAUUUAAUCAAUAUCACACAUUAAAUACAUUUUGCUUUUAGGAAGGAAGAAAUCAGCAAUUCUGAGGAAAAAAUACUCAGAUGAUUGUUGCUUUAAUCAUAUUUAAACUAGUAUGUAAAAUUUGGGUGACACUUAUGAAGGAAAUGAUGGUUCAUUUUCAUUUGUUUCAUUGGAAUAUUUCAUCAAACUGUUGGUAUUAACUCACAGUUAUUCAAGAUAAUCAAAUGUUGUAUACUAUAACAUUCUAGUAAAUUGUUCACAUAAUCAUUUGGCAUUAUUUCACCACUUUCAUGCAGCAUAUCACUGGAAUCCUCCUUUUUGAAGACUUUGCUGCUAAUAUUAGGAAAAAAGCAUUUAUGUUUGUCCUUGGAGCAUUUUCAAAGAUGUAGCUUAGGGAAAGAAAAUAAUUUCUUAUGAAUGAAAACUGUGGUCUCACAUGUAUAUACUCUCUGUAACAUUGUUAUGUAAAAUAGUCAUUUUCCUAUUUUCAUAUAUCUGUGUUGUUGCUUAUAGAAGGUGGAAACCAUCGUGGUCUCUGGUCAACUUUCUUUGAUGUGUAUAGUGUAACUGUUAUAGUUUUUUCCAUCCCUGGCCAUCAAGGGUGUUAUGUUUCCAUACUACGAUAGACACCAAGGACAAGUUUGCCACCAAAGCAACAUAUCAAAAAGGACAUCAACCACCACAGUAUCACCAGUCCUGAACAAAUUGUGUCUGGCUCAUGAGCAUGGAUUGGAUGGCUGUUUUGGUCGAUGCUGGUUGAAUCGGGAUAAAACUGAUGCUAAGGUAGCAACUGGGUCCAUGGUACUUAUUGAAACUGUAUUGAGACACAAUACAUUAGAUAACCAAGGAUGGGUUAUUGCCAAUAUCCACCUUCUCUGACUAUUCACAUCCUGGAUACUGAGAAUGUAGUUCAUGUACAAUGUUGUAUGGUUUUAGAUUGACAAGACUCACUUCAAGUCUAGGUCCGUCAAUGUUGAAUGUCAUUGAAUGGAAGCAGUAUUAGUAAGACUUAACCUAAUAAUUUAAUUUACCUGCAAUAGGUUGAACUACAGGUUAACAAACUUGCAAUUGAUCCAAUUCUUACUCGGGCCGGUGGGGUAGCAUAGUGGUUAAAAUGUUUGCUCGUCACGCCGAAGACCCGGGUUCGAUUCCCCACAUGGGUACAAUGUGUGAAGCCCAUUUCUGGUGUCCCCCGCUGUGAUAUUGCUGGAAUAUUGCUAAAAGCGGCGUAAAACCAUACACACUCACUCACUCCAAUUCUUACUCACUAGGGCUGCUACUUCAAACAUUAGUGCUCCUUUAACACAUUGUCUUAAGGGUGAGGAUAUUUCUUGAAAGUCCUUAUAAUAAAUGUUUAUGUGAGACACAAGACUUAUGCCAAAUUUAUAUGUUCAUUUUCCGUUUUUAAUCCUUCACACAGCGGAAGCUGUUGUCUUACUGUAUUGUGGUUUGAUAUGGAUGCACAAUACACCUCUUGAAGUGCUUCAUUACCGAUGGUGCAGCCAAAAUGUUACACAAGUUAUUAAAUCAUUUGAUGUAUGUGAUUAUGGCAGUGAAUGUUUUGACUAAGUGGGAUUUAAUGUCACAUUCUUGCCCGUUAGAGUUGUUGAGAUGUUAAAUACUUGUAGUCUUAUGAUAGGAAUCUUCAAAAUGAUGAGAGUAUUUGUCUUAUUUAUGUAUGAAUCAUCUUGAGUCUUUUUCAGCAGAUUCAACAUGUGUACCAGCAUCAAAUUCUUUUCAAUUAGAAAUCAAAACUUCAUAUUCAUUUAAAAAUUAACUUUUCAUGGAAUAGAAUACGUUUAACCCUAGUUUACAAAGAAAUACAUUUCAUAAAUUUGUGAUUGACAUUUUACUCUAAGCAUAUUUUGACUGGGCCAACACUGUUUAGUGGACAUCAUUGUUGACAUUUUCACUGGACAUCGUCAUUGUAUGGUGGUCAUUUCAUUGUAAAUAUCAUGUGACUUUCUCCAUGUAUUGUAGCUUGUAUGGUGCUCAGUGCGGACAUUUCUAAUUCUGUCUUCUUAUAAAAAAAUAAAAUACAAUAUUGAUGAA